AGGCUGGGCGUUUUUUCAGACCGAAUGUUUCCUUGAUAGAAAUGUAACAUUCAACCUACUUUUGCUGGUCUGGAAGUGUGUACAUUGGAAUCUUGGUAAAGUUGAAUGAUAAAAGCAAACAACUGCCGCGGUGCUGAUAAGUAUCUCAAUAAUAGCUUUGUCUCGUGCUGAAACUUUAAUGAGAAAAAGGUGUACAAAGUUGGUGAAAUAGUUGUAAAGGUUUGACUACAUUUUCCCACUUGGGUCUAACGAAGUUAAAAAAAACAUGGCUACCAAAUCGUCUUCGGGGAAUUUCGGGUUGCACGUUCGGCCCCUAUCGGGCUGCAACCAUCAUGGGAAAAUCUCGAACGGCUCAACGACCCACACCGGAACUGGACGGUCAAUCAAAAGUGCUUCAGCCCUCAGGCCGGUGCCAGCUUUUUCCAUCGAGUCACUGCAAAAGGGCACUUUCGUGCUAGGUCCUCCGAAGGCGCAAAAAUCAAAAUACAUGCUCCAACCGAAAGCGACGUCGUUCCGGAUGUACUACGACCGGGGCGACCUGCCGAUCAAAAUGGAAUAUCUGACGGGGGGCGAUAAAAUUGCCUGGACCGUCGACAUCGACAAGCUGGACUACGGCCUUUACCUACCUUUAUUUUUCGAUGGCCUCUCGGAAAUCCGUCACCCCUACAAAACAUACGCUCGGCAGGGCGUUCAGGAUCUGCUUUCUCAUGGCGGCGACAAAAUCUACCCGGUCAUACCGCAGCUCAUAAUACCGAUAAAAAAUGCACUCAACACACGUAACGUUGAGGUUAUGUGCGUAACCCUGAGAAUCAUCCAGCAACUCGUGAUGGCUUCGGAUUUAAUAGGACCAGCCUUGGUUCCAUUUUACCGGCAAUUGCUACCGAUGUUCAACGCUUAUAAGGUUAAAAAUAUCAAUUCCGGCGACGCCAUCGACUACGGCCAGAAGAACAACAUGAACGUCGGGGAUCUGAUCGACGAAACGCUGCAGGUGCUGGAACGACACGGCGGCGAAGAUGCCUUCAUCAACAUCAAAUACAUGGUCCCGACGUACGAAUCGUGCUAUCUCAACUAAGUCUAAGUCUAGCUAGGUCCAGCUGCCCCGGAAGGUAGGCAAGCAGGACAUCAAACGAGUUGAAGUCGGGAAAGCUGGCAAAAGGAGGAAUAUCGGCCCUAGGACAUCAACUACUUUAUGACUGGAACGUGGGACGAAAUAAUCCGUUCCGGGGCGAAAAAACGAGGAUGUUUGUGUGUUUUUGGUGGGUGGCCAUAGUUGCGUCCCUCUGAGAGCAUCAGAUCCGCUUUUCGUGGUAUGGUCUGGGUGUGAAAAAUAGAUUUAGGAGGCCUUCAAAGGUCCGAACACGGAUGGGGUUUUUAGGAGUCGGCAUAGCGAAAGAUAGAGACAGAAUAGGGGAAAAAAUGUGUCAUUAGGAAAAUUACGAUUAUUACCAUAAAUGCUAUUAUUAGUCGGUUAGGAUGAAACGUGCCAAAUUAGUGAGAUAGAGUAGCAGCAGUUGGUUUGGUGCGCGAGAAAUAUUACCAAAUAUUCGAACGAAUAGCAAUACCAAAUAGGAGUUAUACAUAGUUUAAGGUUAAUUUGAUUGUUCUGCUUACUGUUACUGCUAAGUGAAAAGUAUUUGAAUGUAGCCUACAUGCAAUCGUUUGUUGUGUUUUCGGUGUCUCCUUGAUUUUUUUUAAUUUGUUAGAAAUUAUUCUACAUAUUUAUGUAUUUUACAGUGAGAUUACGACCAGUAGCUAAUCUAUGAUAAUUAUCAACAGGUUUACCUGCAUCUUGUCCCAUUCGGCUAUGAUAUAAAAAAAUAUGAGACGUAAAGUUUCAGUCAUGACCACAAUCGUGUUGACGGAUAAACUUGGCUUACCAGACGGUUUCUGAAAAAUGCUGGACAUUUCGAGAAAAACAGCGGGACAUUUGAAAACUCUAAAAAAAACUUCAUUUCUGGUCAAAUUUUUUUGAGUUUAAAGUAAUUUAAAUAAAAAUUUAAAAAACGAACACAAACACAUACAGGAUCUCAAUGAAACUUGAUGUUUCCUCGAAGAGAUUCCCUUUUUCUUAAUUCUAAGCGUACAUAUUUCAAGGAUAUGAUGGCUAGCAUCUUACAAAUGCUAAAACCACCAAACCACAGAAAGUGUACUAUGUGUGCCAUGACCGGGACUCGAUCUCAUACCCGCUGGCUUAGAAGACUGGAAGGCUAUCCUCUAAGCCACGGGCUGCGGCGUAAAUUACAGAAAGAGUUUUUUUUCAUCAAUUUUGACCACCCGAUAACUCACCUAUUUAUCCAGAGAAAUGAAUAAGAACAAUGAAUAAUCCAUUGAGAAAAUUGUAACAUUUUUAAUAAUUUCAUAAAGUCCCAAAAUGUUUGUUUUAGCUUAGAUGUUUAUAUUUCGGUUUGUUCCAAUCAGAUUUUACUUUUUUUCUUGAACAAACUAUCGCUAAAAAUUGAUUUCCUUUUUAGUAGGAACAUUAUUUGUUCUAACUUUUUAUUCGUCUAUAAAAUGUUAUAAUUUGAAGAUGUUCUUACUAAACAGGACAUAGUGAGAUGAUGCUUCAAACCAAACCCAUUCGAAUGAAAUAUUUGCCAUUUUUUUUUUAAUUUACAUAGUAUUCCGUCUCACGACAUAACUUGACGAUAUAAAAAAAAAUAUUUGCCAUAUAAACUCUAAACAGUGUAGUAUUGUCUGGAAAACCGGCUAAUUUUACCAAAAGUAUUUGUGUAAGUUGACGUCCGGUUAUAGAAGCAUAUUUUACACUAGGUUUACGAACUUUUUAGCAAUACCUAUCAAUAUGGAAACCCGUCAAUUUGACGCAUCCUAGAAACCUAGAAUAUUUCCUUAACUAGUACUAAGUAUUUCAAAUUGACGAUUUCUAAUCAAGAAUCAACCUUCUUGAAGGCCACAAGUAAUUUUGGCUUUUGCGAAAAAAGUUGGAAAAGUUUAUUUUAAAACUUUUUACGGCCGUUUUUAUAAGUAGGGAGAAUGAGGACACUUGAUCCCUGGGGAUACUUGAUUCCUUAGCUAUAUCUCGAAACUGGAAUGACUUACGAAGAUCAAAUGUUCUAGAAAAAUGUGCCAAAAUGAGCAAAAUAACAAUGCUUGCAGUUUAAAAUUUUUUAACAAAAUAAUUGUUUGAGUAAUUGAACUUUGUUUGAAAAAUUUCACAAAAUGUAACUUGAAGAUCUUUUUUCAUCACUUUAAAAUGUUCCUUACAUGGAAAAAUUAUGAAAAAAAUAUUUGUUUCAAUGUAUCAAUCGUUCGAGCGUAAAAUGAACUUCAUAAUGCCAUAUUUUCAAAGCAAUGGAAAACUCUCAACUUUUUUUCAGAAAAAGUUUUCUAAAAUGUUGAUUAUGGGUACAAUUGAUCCCCUAGAGUUGGGUACAAUUGAUCCCCCUUCCAAACGGCAUAUUCUUCUUCUGAAUUGAUCGUUAUGAUUGCUGAUUACAAAAUUACUAAUAUUUAUCCAAAAACUAAUAUUUAUCAAACAAUUGUCUGAAGAAAAGGGAAAAAAUAAUUAAUUUUCUCUUAAUUAUAAAAAAGCGCCUUUUAGUAUGCAAUGUUAUUAGCGUUGAGACGAAGUUAUAGAAUUUUCUUCUUAUGUCUGCUAUUAAUUGUGAAAUGAGAACAAACAUGACCAAAAUAGUGAAUUAACAUUCUAACUUGGGGUUUUGUUUGAUUUUUAUACAAGGAUUAGGGCUCCCUGAAUAAAAGAUCAAGUCUCCUUCAUAAGGGGAUCAAGUCUCCCCUAACUUCAGAAAAAUCGCAAUUUGUUUACUCCCACGAAAAUGCUUCUAGUUCAUCAACGGGUUCAAGUAUCGUUCUAAUUUUUGGAGCAUAGAAACUUGAAGUUACAAGCUGUCAGAAAAUGUAAAAGACGGCGAGUUGCUAAAUUUUUCCUCAAAGAUAUGGUGAAAAUAAGAAAAGGGGAUCAAGUAUCUCCACUCUCCCCUAUGGAAAUUUCGAAGCAGAAUAGGGAAGAUAAGGGCAUAAUGACCACCUUAAGAAAAACGCUGAUUUAACGAUAGAAAACAGCUGUAAUAUGUGAAUGACAUAAUUGUUUUGUGUUCGGACACUAAAAUAGCCUAGUUCUAGUUGGCUGAAAUUUGAAAAAUUAGAUAAAAACUUUUAAAAAUUCAUUUUAAAAAUUUUGCUUAAAGCUGAAAACCAGUCACUGUAGAAGCAUAAUGAGAACCCCCUCUGGGGUAGUAUAAGCACUAUUAAUCGGGGCACGAUGAGCGUUUUCUGCCGGGGAAUCUAGCAGCGAAUUCGACUCGAUGAAGUCAGGUCAGUCGUAGACUCAUUAAACAAAGCAAUAACAAAAUAAUCUAGGUCUGUUUGUAGAAUACAAACAAUUCAAACACGCUCAUACAUUAUGUUUUUGGUGCUUUGUUUGGCGGAUGAUGCUACUAGCCGUAUAAUGUUACAAUAAAAAAAAAUCGAUCAUUGUAAAUGGAAAAAAAAUCACCUCAAACAGAAAUCGAACUCUAGUCUUUCGAUUACCUCUCCGACACCUUACCUUACCAAUAGGCCACAUCGUCAGAUGUAAAUUAGUCAAGCUGUAGCUCUAUUAUUCAGUUGACUACAUCGAGUUGAAUUCUCUGCUAGAUUAUACGGCAGAAAACGCACAUCGUGCCCCGAUCAAUAGUGCCCUGUUCGCCCCGAGCCAACAAAUUUAAGUAAAAUCGUGUUUUAAAAUUGAUAAAGUGAAAAAUCAAAAUUUUAUAAUGGUGAAAAUUGAGAUACAAUGUGUACAUCAUGUUGCAGUGCGUACAUUAUAGAUCAAGAUGAUUUAAAGAUCAUAAGAGCUUAUUUCGUGGUGCUCAAAAAUUAUAAUAUUUUCGUCACAACCUAGCUGUUUUUUUUAAUAUCUUUGUAAAGAUGAUAAGGAGAUUCUUUUUUCUUUUUGUAAAAAAAAAAAUUUCAUAGGAAAUACGAAACAAAUUCUCAUGAAAAUUUGUUUAAGGAAAUACGAACUCUUGUAGAAAAGAGCCCCCGGGUGCUCGUUAUGCCCUUUUCUCCCCUACGGCAUAUAAAACUGAAAGUUUAUCUCCAUUAUCUUUUGAACCAUAAGUCAAAACGUUCUGCGGUCUUCAACGAAGUUGCUGUAUGAGAUUAGGUCUAGAAUAUUCAAAACUUAAAAGUGAUCUACAGUGAUGCCAGAAAUCUUAAUAGGGCCUUAUGGAAUUUUAUAUUGAAAUUUAUUUCAAAACGUUAGGGGAGAAUGAGGAUACUUGAUCCCUGGGGAUACUUGAUUCCUUAGCUAUAUCUCGAAACUGGAAUGACUUACAAGGACUUACAAAUGUUUUAAAAAAAUGUGCUUAAUGGAGCAAAACUACUAUGCAAUAAGCUCAAAAAAUUAUAACAAAACAAUUUUUUGAGUUAUUCAAUUUUGAUUGAAAAAUUUCACAUGAAGAUCUUUUUUUAUCACUUUAAAAAAUCAACAUAAAAAAUUAAAACUAUAUAUUCCAAUACAUAAAUCGUUAGAGUGUAAUGUGAACUUCAUAAUACCAUAUUUUUAAACUCUCAUAAACUCUCAACAUUUUUCAAAUAAGGUUUUCUAAAAUGUUCAUUAUGUGUUCAAUGGAUCCCUAGAGUUAAAAAGGUAUUUUUUUUUCUUCUGAAUAGAUCGUGAUCAUUGCUGAUUACAAGAUUACGAUUAUUUAUCCAAUAAAUGAUAUUUAUACAAUAAUUGUCUGGCAAAAAGGGGAAAGAAAGUUGAUUUUCUCUUAAAUUCAGAAAAUAGCGCCUUAAAGUAUGCAAUACCACAUAGUUUUGGAAUUUUCUUCUUCUGACAUUUAUAAAUAACUAGCUGAACCCGUUCGAACUUCGUUUCGCUCUAAAUCAUUGGUACGUCAAAAUGAGUUUAGAAAAUGAAUUCGAAACAUUCUUUCAACAAUUUUGGGGAAAAAAUUCAACAGUGUUUAAAGUCGCUACUAUUACUAUUACUUGAAAUUCAAAUUAAACUGUUGAUUGGCUUUUUAUUAAAAUUUAUGUGAGAGUGUUUUCUACUCGAUCGGUUGCAAAAUCUAGACAUUAUGGCAGAAACAUGUACUAUUUAUUUGUGUGCACGACUCUUUUGCUUGACCUUCACACUUAAAUUGGUAUCAAUUAACUGCCUCCAACAAAAUUAUUGCACAAAACACUGAACUUUCAAUGAAACCCUCUUUUUCUGUCCCAUGGCCCGAAAUUCGAUAAUUGAAACCAAUUUGACGUUCUUCAAAACUCCCUUGUGCCAUUUUUUCUUUUCAAAUUAUAUGUAAAAUUACGUCAGGAACUUGAAAACAUUGAUCAGUGAAUAUAGACGCCCCUUUCGCCGACCCUUGACACUGAACAUGCUACCUGGAGUCAAUUGCUCAUAGUUUAUAACCCUCAUCUGAACAUUUUCAUCUCAAUCCGAUGCAUGAUCACGACGAUAUCGCGAAAACAGUGAGCAACUAACAUGGACGGCUUUUUUUUGACCACGAUUCAAAACUUGAACACCUGAAAUCAAUUAUCUUUUCUGUUAAACUCCCAUGUGCCAAUUUUCAUUACAAUUCUAUGCUCAAUGAAGAGAAUAUCGUAAAAACAGUGAGCAGAUAAUAACCCCUUUUGCCGACCCCUGAGUCAAGAUUUGAAACCUGAAAUAAAAAAAGAGCGUCUCUCAAAACUCCUAUGCGGAAAUUUUCAUCUCAAUCCAAUGUAGAAUAACGUCAAAAUCGCAAAAACAUUAAAGUUGGGUAUGGACGACUCCUUCAGCCGACUUCUGAUCCGCAAUUCGAAACUUGAAAUCGAUUGCUCGUCUUUCAAAACACUCAUGUGCAAAUUUUCAUCACAAUCCAUUGUAUAAUAACGACAAUAUCGCAAAAACAUUAAUCAGUGAAUAUGGACGACCUCUUUGGCCAACCCCUGACCCUAAAUUUGUUAACUGUAAUCGAUUGCUCGUCUCUCAAAACACUCAUGUGCAAAUUUUCAUCACAAUCCGACGGAAAAUAACGUCAAUAACGUGAAAACAAUAUUUGUCUUGUAAGGACGACCCCCUUCAGAAGGGGUCGUCCAAAAAUCUAAAAACAUUUUUCAUCAUUCCUGGUCCUAAUGAGCAUCCAUGCCAAAUUUCAGACCUCUAGCUCUUAAGACGGUUGAGUCUAUAGAGGACAAACAAACAAACAAACAUACAGAUAAUUGCUUUUUAUAUAUAUAGAUGAAAUGAGAAAAAACCUGAACAAAAUAGUCAAUUCACAUUCUCAUCAUUUUUCAGGGCUUGUGAUAUAGCUCAGUUGGCAAGUCAGUUGCUUCCUGAGCCGAUGUCCGCGAGUUCAAGCCCAAGAGUAAACAUCGAACACAGUUGUACCGGAUAAGUUUUUCAAUAACUGUCCGCCAACUGCAACGUUGAUAUAAAGUCGCGAAUGCCAUAAAAGAUGGUAAAACGACUAUAAUCGAAACAAAAAAAAAAGAAAAACAUUCUUUUUUGAAUUUUUUUUAAACUUUUCCUAGGACUAGGGCCCCCGGAAUGAAGGAGCAAAUCUCCUUCAACUUAACUUAACAAAUAUCGCAGUUUUUUUUACUUCCAUGAAAAUUCUUCUAGUUCAUCUAUGGAUUCAUCUAUCGUUCUAACUUUUGGAGCAUAUAAACUUGAAGUUACACGCUGUCAGAAAAUGCAAAAAACGGCGAGUUGCUAAUUUUUGGAAAUAAGUAAAAGGGAUCAAGUAUCCCCAUUCUCCCCUAUAUCUCUGAAUCUAAAACAUCUAACCCAAAUCUAAAACGUGAUUUAUAUCAACAGUUAUGACCUUAUUCAAAAACAGUUUAUGUUUUUCAUGUGUAUAUUUUUGUUUAUUAGUUAUGAGCGGCAGAUCUUCCUUCAAAUUAACACCGAACAGAUCACCAAAACUUGAGCUUAUAUAUGAAAUUCAAUUCUGGACGUUACAUUUCUUCAAAAUCAUAUUUUGUAAUUCAGAAACGAUGAUGCCAUGCUCCACCGUAAGUAAACAUGUCAAACUCGUCAAAAUGACUGGCUACCGCAAAGAUAGGUAUACCACAUAGUAAAUCCUUUACUAGAAAACUUUGGAAUAAAGUAAAUACUGGAGGAUGCUUGUCUUGUUGAAAUAUUAAUAUACAGUGAAAAAGAUUUCUUCUAUAAAUUUGAGGUUUAUUUUUAUAUUUGCCAAAUGAAACUACAAACCCGUUGAAAUGACGGGCUCCGUUAACCUUGUGUUAGACUUACAUAUUUUUAAUAAGAAAAAAAGCGAAACAUAGCGAAAUUUUGAAAAAAAAAAAAAAAUUACGUGUCCAGCUUAAGAUUGGUUGAUCUUGAAUCGAUCUUUUCGAGAUCGAUCUGUUCAGCUUUAAAUAAAAAGAAAUUCUAGAAAAUAAAAGCGUUCAUUUUAUAUCAUUAUUUAAAUCAUUGCAUUCCCAAAAUUGAUAUUUUAAUAUUAACAAUUACAGUGAAAACCCGAUUUUAUCACCCCCAUGAUGAAUUUUAGAGUGAUAAAUCGGGGAGAGUGAUAAAAUCGGGAGAUUUUGAAAACAUGAUUUUAAUCCGUUCUAAUUCAAUAAAUUACUACAAAAACCGUAUUUCAUCCCAAAAAAAACAGUAUAGAGGUUUUGUAGCAGGUAUUCCCUUUUUUUGACAUAUUACUAAUAAUAGGUCCUUUUUACAUCAAAACAUCGUACAAUAUUGUUUUUACGUUUCUUUACACACCUUGUUUCGACCGGUAUUAUCAGAAAAAUUAAAUAAUCUUAAAUGGUUCAAAUCCUAAUGAUCUAAUUAUUUCUUUUGGUCGUAAAUCACUAAAGAUUAGGUACAAAGCUUCCGUUUAAAUAAAAUUCAAAACCGACCACUUAGGCAACACCACUUCUGCUUAUUUCAACCGAAGAUUAGAAUAAUAAAAUGCUACAGAUGAAAACUGCAUGCGAUGAGUCACGAUUGCAAAUUGAUUGUGUUUUUGUUCUCCGUUUUGUGCCAGCGUUUGUCGAAAAGACGAAAUGACAAAUAAGAUUUUGAUAGUAAUUUACUGAUCCUUACAAAACCCGGUAUGCCUCCAAAUGUGACUGCAGUGAUUCAACCCAUGGACCAGAAUGUAAUUCAGAACUGUAAACUAAAAUAUCCUCUAAAACUUUGACAUGCAGAUGUCAUGGCUCGUGAAAUCGAUAUAGGUCAAAGCUUGAAAAGCAUAAUGUUGAGGGAUGUAUGUUUCUGGAUUCACGAUGCUUGGAGUGAAAUACAGCAUACAGUAAUCCAGCAGUCAUGGAAGAAAAUUGGAGUUAUUUUAAAUAACAAACUCGUUCACGAAGAUGGUGUUCCCUUGAUCCAUUUGAUGGAUGUAAACAACCGCGAUGAAACUAUUUUGUCACAGGACCCUGAGGAGAGAUAUGCAAGUUAACCAUUUACGGAUGAAGAAAUUCUGAACAUGACGCUGGAUGAUCAGUCAGCAUUAAACGAGCCCCUCGAAUCAUUGGAGCCGUUAAAAAUUUUGGAUGUAGCACCAGACGCAGAAUCAGCGGCAUCUACCGCAAAUGAUUCAUGUGAAACUUCAAGAAACAUAAAUGAUGUUGAAGCUGUACGUAUGUUGGACAACAUAAUGAGCUGAUGCUUCAGAUCUCUCGAUGGUUGAUGUCAUCUUCUUGCGACGUAUAAGAGAGAUUGCUUUGAAGAAAGCCCAAACAAAUAAAACACAGCUUUAAGAUUACUUGAAUAUGUUCUGUUAGACCAUUAUAUUUAGUUAUAAUUGUAUUCGACAAUUUUGUUUAAGUUAAAAUCGUAAUAACAAAAUACCUGUUUAAAACUUGACUUUUUUGUGUAAAAAUCUUGAUACGUCCCUGAUCAAUCUUCACUUUCAAUAUCGAUGUAAUCAUCCAUCAGUUUUGUCCCUUCAGAAUGAUUUCUACCCUAGAUGUUCAACAAAAAUGAAAAAAAGGCGAUAUUUAGUAUUUUUGCGUUUAAUAAAAUAUGAUGACAAAAUCGGGUGAAAAAAUGAGACAAAAUCGGGGGUAGACAAAAUCAGGGGUAGAGAAAAUCGGUGUGUGACAAAAUCGGGUUUUCACUGUAUACUUGAAAAAAUUUGGAUGCUUGAAGAAUUGAACUUCAACCUUCCAGGUGAUAGUUGAACAAGAUUCCUUUGUAAUGUGGAUGAUUACUACUUUAGGGAUGUCAAUUGAGUUUGUUGUUUAUAAAUACCAAAAAACAUGCCCCUCUAAACAACUAAUAACUUUUUUGCCAAAAAGGAUACGAAGUUACGGUCUUCGACAAAGUUGUUCAGCGCUUCGCUGAUUUCCUUUGAAGAAUUUAUAAAUUGGCGCAAAAACCAUAAGCAUGCUCGGUUCUGCUGAAAAUGACGUCAAUUUUUCAAUACAAAAUAUUCAAUUUUCCCAUACAAACCUAAAAGUUCAAAUUUACUCAUGUAAACGUUACUUAUAAAUUCUGCAAAAAAAAAAUUAAUGAGUUUUUAAACAAAACGAAGCUUUCAAGACCCCAGGGUUUGAGAAAUUCGAAUCUGACCUCAAAUUGACUCAGUCUAUUGUCAUAAACGCUCAACUAAAUUCAUUAAAAGUUAAACAUUCUGAUGUUGAAUUUGAAAACAUAUAUUUUUUAUUGCUUAUACAUUUGAUAUUCAAAUGUAUGAGCUUUCCUGUUGUUUUUUUUUUUAUAUUAACUUCAGCAUAAACUCUCAGGCAGCACGCCUUUUUAACAAAAAUUUAAAAGAUCGAUCUGGCAGAAUCGAUCCUUUUAUUUCGAUUUUUGAGGUGGAUCGAUCCUGAAGCCAUUUUGCUGAAUCGAUUUUCGGAAUCGAUCUUUUCCAGAAGAUCGAACCAGCUUUUGCGGCGACCCUAACUAUUCAAGCUAAAAUUUUUCCAUGAUUAUUGUAUCAAAAUCAUGGAAAUAUUUUACUUUAUAGUUUCUGACUAUUCAAUCGCAAAUUUUAACACACAAAAGUUUGGCUUAUUUUGUUGGUUUCAAUUACUUUGAGAUUUUAAAAAAUGUUGAGGCAAAAGAAUCAUCGCUAGUAAAGGCUAAAUUUUCAUUAUAGAGCUUGUAACGUAGAAACCGGUCUCGAAAGACUAACUUGAACAGAAAGUAUUCAAGAUUUACUGAAGUAACCUCAGAAUCCGAACAAAAAACGCAGCCCUUUCUACAAUUAUUUUCGUAAUCGGAAAUCUGGAUCUAAAAUGUGAAAUUUGUACAUGGUAUCUAAAUUUUCUAUUUUUUAAUAGAUAAACCUGAAAUCUGAUUUAUAAAUCUGAACCUUAAUUAGAAAUCUUAAUCUGAUAUCUGGAAUUGAUUCUUAAUCUGUAUUCAAGAUGGAAAUUUUUAACAUUACCUGUUUUUUUUUAAAUUGAAAUUCAAACAUUGAUUAUAUGUUAAAUAAAUACAUCAACUCAUUUGUAAUCUAAUUUGGUCCAAAAAUUCAAAUUCUAAAUCUUAAUUUGAGCCCCACACAAUAACUUGCUUGAAAUUCUGAACUUGAAUACUGAAUUCUAAACAACAUAAAAUUGAAGCUUGUUUUUUUUUUAAAUUUUGAAACGUUGAUCCUUCUCUUAAAUCUGGAUGCUGAUUCCGAAAACAGAAAUUGCUGGGGUCUUCGGAUCUCUCCAAAACUGAAAAUUUGGUUAAUUUAAAUAAAUAAAUUUGAUUUUUGCUAUUUUUCUGCAUACUUUCUUCGAUAUCUCACACAAAUGUACAUCCAAAUAUUGUGAUAAUCGCAAAAAUACUUUUUGUGAAUACAUAAGGGGAUUUUUUUAAUUAUCUGACAAUUUGCGCCGGGGGUCUUCAGAUCUUCCCUAAAAUUGAAAACUUGUUGAUUUUUACGACUUAAAACAACUUGUAUUUCUUCAGAUUUAUAACAUUUUUAUUUUUCGAGUUAGAUUUGGUUAGAUUUUUUUGUAAAUAAAAUAAAAUCACAUUCCAAAGCUUCAUAGUUCUGUUGGUUUUCAACGGAAAUCAAUAGCACAUCAAAACGCAUUGAAAUUUCAUCAGCUUUCCAAAUAAAAUAUUAAAUAAAAAACAAUGAUCUAAAACAUGAAAAAUUGUAGAUAAGCCUUAUGUAAAGUUCAAAAGUACCAUUUGCAUCACCAAAUAUUCUGCAAAAAAUACCAUGGUAUAGCCCAACUUAUGAUGCAACUUUCAUCUGAAGACACCAAAGUGGGACAAAAACGCCUUUAAUUAUUUUAUUUGGAAAGCUUAUAAAAUUUCAAUGCGUUCUGAUGUGCUAUUUUAUGAUUUCCGUUGAAAAAUAACAUAAUUAUGAAGCUUUGAAAUAUGGUUUUAUUUUAAUUACAAAAAAUCUAACCGAAUCUAACUCGAAAACUAAAAAUGUUAGAAAUCUGACAAAAUACAUGUAGUUUUAAGUCGUAAAAAUCAAUAAAUUUUAAAUUUUAGGGAAGAUCUGAAGACCCCCGGCGCAAAUUUUCAGAUAACAAAAUAAAUCUUCUUAUGUAUUCACAAAAAAUAUUUUUGCGAUUGAAUGAACUCAGCCCAUGUUAUUUUUAUCACGUUAUUUUAAUGUACAUUUGUGUGAGAUAUCGAAGAAAAUAUGCAGAAAAAUAAUCUCAAUCAAUCACAAACAUCUUUCUACACCUAAUGAACAAAGUUUGGAAGAAAUAAGCAAAAUCGUAUUGAAAUAAAUCAACAAUAUCGAAAAUUACUUUUCAACUUUGAUGGGCCUUUACUCUUAUAAGACUCAAAAUCUGGCUUCAAACCUGUUCAGUUGUGUUAUUCGAAUUAAAAUGUUUUUAUUUUACUGACUCAAUAUUUGUCGUUCUCAUUUUAAAAAAGAUAUGCAACAAAGGGUGUACAAAUCUUAGUAUAAAUUUUUUUUUAUCAAAACUUAUCGAUAGAUUAUAAAUCUUAUUUUAAUUCCAGAAAUCCUUUCAUGAAUAUUUUUAUAAAACUUGCUCAAAAUUUCGUUUUAGAGGCAUAAAUAAAAAAAAUUACAACAUAAUUUGUAUUUGAAAGUGAAUAAAUCCAAGGCAAAAUCCAGGCUUUUUCAAAACAAAAUCCGGGCCGGACUGUUCCCAAUUUGUUUAUUAAAUAUCCGGGAAAACCCGGAUAAAACCAGAAAUCUGGCACCUUAGUAUAGUCCAUAUCAUGAAAGGCAAAAUUUCAAUCUUUUAGAAAAAUACAAUCUUUUAGGUUUUCUUAAAAGGCAAUUAUCGAUUAAAUAAGAGUUUUUGAACAAUCGCCAGUCAUAUUUUGCUCAAGCUCAGCAAUGAUGACGAGCUAUGUUAAAUAAAAAUACGCCUUUUUGAACUGCAGGGACCGAUUGAACCCAGAGGUAACAUUUUAAUAAACUUGUUUCUAAAUAAUACAGUCAAGAUUUAACAAUUGCACAUAUUACUCUCCUACAAUUUCCAUACUGGUUUAAAUAAAUUUUUCGUUACAAUUUCUUCAUUUUGGGAACGUUUGAAAAUGAUGCAAAAAAACUGGUCACAUUUUGUUAAAUUUUUCAACCAAAGUUAAAUAGUCGUCUCCUAAUCUGUCACAUUUUUCUCGAUCAUGAGAUUUUUGUAAGAUACAGUUACGGGAUAUCAUUAUGGAACACUUUGGUCCGUGUCAAAAGCGAAAAACGAUAGAAAAAGUUAAUCGCUGAGGAAUCAAAACAUCCCAGAGAUUAAGCCUCCUCAAUCUCCCCUAUAGUUGCAGAAGAAUUUGGCAGGAAUAUAUAAACUACUUAGACAGAAUCGAAAGAAAUAACUAAUUACUAAAAAUAAGAAGGUUUUAAAAAUAUGAUGUUUCUUCGAAUCUUUCGAAAAUAAUGUAUUAUGUCUAAGGAAAAACUGUUACUCAAGUUCCGUUCAAUUUUUUUACUAGUAGGGGAGAGUGGGGUAUCGUGGGCCAUGGGGAAACGUAGGCCACUUUUAAUAUCUCAGAUGUGUGUUGAGAUAAAAAUCUCAAACCAACUGUCAUCGUCGUCGCUUAAUCAGUAAUCAGUACUACUAGUCAAGCUAUACAACCUGCUAUUUUUGAGUAAAAAAUCUGAUGUUUAAGAAAUUAAUGUUCUGGCGAUUUUGCCCGAUUUUCGUUUUAUUUUUAUUUUUGCAAACGGCAUAUAAUAGUAUCGAAUAUGUUGAUGUUUUCAGGAGACACCAAAACGUAGUUUUUAAAGGCGCUUACAGAUAAUUUAAAACAAAACAACAAAAAAAAAAAUACACACCGCAGUGCAAUGUCAACCUAUUACGCUUCGCUCUCUUACCAUAAGUCGUUACACAGUUUAGCUGCAAAAACUUUACAGUUUCAUAGUUUUAGAUUCAUACCCUAGGACAAUUUCUUUCAACUUAUAGUAAAAAUAAAACUCCACCCUGUAUGUAAUAAAGUUCUAAAUAAAUAUCCUUUUUAUUUUC